AAAAAUAAAAUUUUAACUUUCUUAAAAGAAAAGUAACAUACAUGUAAAGUUGGUUUCAUUAUAGACGCUAACAUACACACAAAAGUUUGAACCCCUCAAUAUGGAAUUUAUCAUGCAUUUAUAAAGUUGAAGACGAGAAUUUGGAGUGCGUAACGCAAUGAGUAAUUAUUAGAUGUUGACAUAGUAAUGAAACACAGAUGGCUCCAACGAUCGCCGUGCCGAUCUCCGGGAACCGGCGCGAGGCGGCGGCGGCGGAGACGCUGAAGAGGAGGAAUGAAGAGCUGGAGAAGGAGCUGAGGGAUAGCCUGGAGAGGGAGGAGAGAAUGAAGGAAGAGCUGCGGAUGACGUGGGAGCGGGUGCGGUUGGCGGAGGAGGGUGCGGAGAGGCUGUGCAGCCAGCUCGGCGAGCUCGAGGCGGAGGCCGUCGAUCAUGUCAGGGAAUCUACGGCACAGAUUACGCUUCUCAUGGACAAGCUUUCUCUUGCCCACAAACUUCUGCAAGAUGCUUCCAUCGAUGCUAUCUCUCUCACUCAAUAAUCUCUCUCUGCUUUCUUCAUGUGUGUGUCAAAUGUAAUUACAGAAUUAACAAAUUUGUAUUUCGUAGUUUGGGUUUGAAAUCCUUGGGAUUUUCGUUUUUGCCCCUUUGGGAUUUUCCUUGGGAUUAAGUGUUUUAUCACUUUAUCUAGUGUGUGUGUGUUUUUUUUGUUGGAUUUCUUGAUUUUGUAAAUUGUAAGUGUGAUGUUAAUGGUUGUAUAUUAUUAAUCUUUCUUCA